CCCAAUCGAAAAGCAGUUGUUGAUGGUUUCGAGGGCGUGACGACGAAGACGGUGACUUUGAAAUUGCCUUCGAUGCGUUCUGUCGAAUUAGCCUUCCGUAAAACAGCGCGGGUUAUUCAUCAGUUAGCAGUUGCCCAUGAUUAGUGUGUGUCCAGCUUUUGGAACGAUACGAACUUAAAUUUUACCGCAUCUUAAUGGAGCAAUCGGGAGAGAUAAUCCCGUUACGAUACACCAGGGAGGAGCAGUUGGAGAGAAAACGUAUCCAGGAGAUCUUCAACAGAUAUGAUCGUGAUGGCAACGGACACAUUUGCAUCAACGAGCUGAAGACAAUGAUUAAGAGCGGUGUAAGUGAUGAUCUGCCGAAAGGUUUUGUGAAACGAUUGAUGAAAACAUCCGACAUCAACAACGAUGGACAGCUGGAUUUCGAAGAAUUUUUUCAAAUGUCUCACGAGCACCAGUACCUGUUUAAGAAUCUCUGUGUUCGAUACUGUCGAUUGGUUGUGCCCGGUAGGAGUCCCGAUGAACCGGAUGCAGAGUAUGAGCGAAGUAUGUCCUUCUGGCCUCCUCCCUUGACGAUGUUGGUGUUUUCGGUGGUACAAGUCAUAAGUUUUAUUGUGGACAUUAUUUACACGGACGACGGUCAGAUGGGAAUGAGCACAAAUGGACCAAUUGCUACCAUUUUCAUCUACAAUCCUCAAGUUAGGCAACAGGCUUGGCGCUUUGCCACCUACAUGUUUGUCCACAUUGGACUGAAGCAUAUUACCAUGAAUUUGUUGGUGCAGAUCUUUCUUGGAGUAGCUCUGGAGCUGGUGCACUGUUGGUGGCGAGUUGCUCUGGUGUAUCUUGCUGGAGUCCUUGCCGGUUCGAUGGGGACUUCCAUUUUUCAACCAAGGGUGUUUCUGGCCGGAGCCUCUGGUGGAGUCUAUGCUCUCUUAGCUGCUCAUUUAUCUACAAUUGUCCUAAACUGGAAGCAAAUGGAGCACGCCAUCGUGCAACUGUUUGUGAUUUUGGUGUUUUGUGUGAUCGAUGUGGGUUCAUCAGUCUACAACAGUAUCAACGAUCCAUUCGACAGAGUUGGAUACAUAGCUCAUGCCAGUGGUGCCUUGGCUGGUUUUCUGGUAGGCAUCGGAGUGCUUCGAAAUCUUCAAGUAGACCCAUGGGAGCGAAAAUUGUGGUGGAUCGCGGUGACGGUUUACUCGUGUUUGAUGGUGGCUGGAAUUCUGUAUCAUGUAUUUGCUCCUCAUAAUUUUUUGAUGUGAAAGAUACGUUUUUUGAUAAAAAUUAUUUGCCUUAUUAUCAGAAUACUUAUUUGAA